AAACGAGAAGAGAGAAGGGAUGAGCCGACGAGCGACCAAAAGCGAAAAAAUUCGGUUGGAGCAGAGAGUAAAAAACUGCGGUUCUGAAAAAGGGAGGGAGCGCGAGCGAGCUUCUGAAACUCUUUCUUUGUUAGGGGCUUAGGGCUUUUGACCUGCUUUGCUUCUAGGGUUUCUAUUUCCUUCUGAUCUUCGACGGUUGGGAAUUUGAAGCAUUAGCUGGGAUUUGCUCGAAUUCUUUGCGAUCUAGCCGGAAUAUUUCUGCCGUUCACUGGUUUCCGAUUUCUUGACGGCGUUUUCAGGAUAGUUUUCGUUUGCAAAUAUGGUGAAUUCCUUGGUCGAACGGGCUACAAGUGAUAUGCUGAUCGGUCCCGAUUGGGCGAUGAACAUUGAGAUCUGUGAUAUUCUAAAUCACGAUCCUGGGCAAGCAAAGGAUGUUGUUAAAGGCUUAAAAAAGCGUCUUGGAAGCAAGAAUCCAAAGGUCCAACUUCUUGCCCUCACACUACUGGAGACAUUGAUAAAAAACUGUGGGGACAUUGUCCAUAUGCAUGUUGCAGAAAAAGAUAUUCUUCAUGAAAUGGUGAAGAUAGUAAAAAAGAAGCCUGACUUUCAUGUCAAGGAGAAAAUACUGACUCUAAUAGAUACUUGGCAAGAAACUUUUGGAGGACCAAGGGCAAGAUAUUCACAAUAUUAUGCUGCAUACCAGGAGUUGUUGCGUGCUGGAGCAGUAUUUCCUCGGAGAUCUGAGAGGUCUGCACCCAUAUUCACACCUCCACAAACACAGCCAUUAUCAUCCUAUCCUCAAAAUCUGCGUAAUUCUGAUUAUCAGCAAGAGGUAGCUGAGUCUUCUGCAAAUUCUGAAUUUCCAACCCUGAGCCUGACAGAAAUUCAAAAUGCACGGGGUAUCAUGGAUGUCCUUGCAGAAAUGCUAAAUGCUUUAGAUCCAGGGAACAAAGAGGGGCUCAGGCAGGAGGUAAUUGUGGACCUGGUCGACCAGUGCCGCACAUACAAGCAGAGAGUAGUUCACCUUGUUAACACAACAUCGGAUGAAUCUUUGCUUUGUCAAGGACUAGCAUUGAAUGAUGACUUGCAGCGUUUACUGGCAAAACAUGAAGCAAUUGCUUCAGGAACUUCUGUCCAAGUGGAGAAACCUAAACCUCUUCAGGAACCUCUUCAGGCUCUUGUAGAUGUUGACAGAGCUGCAGUAACUUCCCGAGAGAAUACACAGCCUGAUGGGAGGUCUACUUCAAGUUCUAAUCCAGGGAGUCAACCUUCUCUUCAGUUGGUCCCAGUAACUCCUUCAGCAACGGCUGACCCAAAAAUGGACCUUCUCAGUGGGGAUAUUUACAAUUCACCAACUCAGGGGAAUUCACUAGCUCUUGUCCCCGUUGGAGAGCCCCAGCCAUUCGGUCCUGCUGCAUCACAGCAGACAGUUGAUCCUUUAGCUCAGCAGAACCUUCUUGCUCUUUCUGACAUGUUUCCCCAAAGCAAUAAUACCACGGAUUCUAUGAAUUCCAACUCAACAUAUCCAGCUGCACAAACAUACCCUUCAGCAGCACAGUUUCCUCAGCAGCAGCAAUUGCAGCCACCACAACCCACAUUUUAUUCGAAUGGAAGUACCCCAAACAUGGGUUUACCUCAAUCACCAAAUGCCAAUCCUCCAUGGAACAACCAGGUUGCUCAAGGCUUUAACCACCAGCAAGAACAGCCUGUAUAUGGUGCAAGUUCUCAAAGCAGUGGCACACUGCCACCACCACCAUGGGAUAGUCAACCAAUGGAAGCAAGCCAACAGUCAGGCACUUAUUACCCCCAACCAAUGCAAGUUACCCAUGUGGUGGUCACACACUCCCAACCGGUACAGAGUGACUUAAAUUCUCAGCCUAUGGGGAAUAACCAGGGGAUUGGUAUGUAUGUUCAGCCCGUUCCAAGCACCCAACUAGCAGCCAUUAAUCAUCAGUCGAUUCAGAACAAUCAAAUGUUGGGCAUGCUUCCUCAGCCAAUCCAGGCAGGGCAGAUGAUGGGCAUGCUUCCUCCACCAAUUCUAGCCAGCCAGAUGGCACAUAUGAAUCUUCAGCCAAUGCAAAACGUUGGGUACGGGUAUGGUGCACAGGCUCAGUUCCUUGAACAGAGGAUGUAUGGGCUCUCAGUACAAGACGACAAUGCUUUGAGGAACUCUUAUUCCUUGGGAUCGACGACAUCAUCAUACCUGCCACCUAUGAAACCAUCCAAGCCAGAGGAUAAGUUGUUUGGCGACCUUGUGGACAUGGCCAAGUCAAAGACGAAGAAAAUCACUCCUGGGCUGUCAGGAAGUAUGUAAAAUGAUUGAUGUGAUGUUUUUUGUUCUUAUUUUUUCCCCUAAAAUUUUCAAAAUCUUACUUAUUUUUCUAUAUAUUUUCCUUCACUUUGAUCUGCUAUUGUAUUGCUUGUCUGGCGAUUGAAAUCAUGUACAUUCCCUGUAGAGAGAAAUUGAAAAUCAGACAUUUCCUUUGUUUAGGA